AGCUUGAGCUGCGUCCAUGUGUUCAAACUGCUCGCUUUGGCCACACUGACUCUCUCGUCUAUUUUGGUAGAUUCUCAGCUCUCUAUCAGGAGCCGGGGCCACAAGGAGUGCAUUUGAACAUGGAACUGAAGGAUGAAGAAGUGAAGCAGAUUUUGGGAUUCUGCUCAGACACUUUUCAGAUUGGAACCUCACACUCACCAUGAAAAUAUACGGUCAAGGAGGUCUCCAUAGAUUGACGUCACAUCGUGCCUGAGAUCAACCUGAGCUGGAGGAGCAGAGCCUUCAUGGCGCAAACCAGGAAGAAAGCGGUCGACAUAAUGGGCUGUGGGGAAAAGCGACACAUGAGCCACCGAGUGGGCAACAUGCUCCACCACCGCUUCCCUAACGGCUUCACCGACCUGCUCAUGGACGAGACCGACCGCGAGGUCAGCACGCUCACAGACAGAGCCUUCCGAAGUCUCUGCGUAGGAGAUGAAGCCGUUUACAAUGAUGACUUCCCGCAGGGAUAUUCGCCUUUCAGCUGCCAUAAACCUUUGGCAGGGGAGCCACUUACAAAGAUACAUCAGAAGGAAUUGAAAAAGCAAAGGAAAAGUGACAAAGAGAAGGAGAAGAACUUGUCCAACAUGUCAUCUUUUCUUAAGGCGUUAAGUGCCACCGAGAAGAGCUGUGAGGGCUUGCUAAGCACAAAUGGUGGCGUCGCAGACUCAAACGGAGAAUCAUGGGAUAAAUCUGCACUACGCAGCAUCCAGAGAGAACUAUCGGAAUUCUCCUCGGACUAUCACGCUAACCUUACAAGUGGACAUUUUCAGAAUCAAUCAGGGUAUGGUUUAUCGAGUAAAACCGGCAAAGGUUUUUCCUUGAUGUCAGGAAAAUCAUCCAAGAGCAAAAGUGGGAAAUCGACGUUGAAACUAAAGAAACUUAAUAUCAAAAACUUUUUUCUCCACAGUGAGUUUAGCCCGUUUCAAACAUGGAGAGGUAUGAGACAGUUCUCCUUUAGCCAUGAGGACACUUCUAUUAUCUCGGCAAAUAUAACACCAAAAUGGUAUGACCUACCAUUUUACAAGGAGUUAACAGAGGCUCAUAUAAAAGAGCAAAUAGAGGAGAUACAGAAAGAAGCAGGUGAAGCCCCUCCUUCUUCUCCUCCUCCUCUUCCUCCUCCUCCUCCCCCUCCUCCUGUUGCUCCUAAACCUGUCAGUCCCCCUUCACCACCAAAAGUCCUGCCAAAGCCAUUAGCUGUACAGCCACAGAAAAGAUGCCCUUCAAUUGUAACGGAUGGAGGUACUGCCCCAUGGAGGCAGACCAAGACAGACAGACAGACCAAGGCACUUCCAGUCAAGCAAGAGAUGCCCCCUCAGGGGAAGAGUUUGUUGGCAAAAAUAAAUGGAAGUAUUUUGUUGAACAAAAAUGAAUCAAUGUCUUCAGAAGUGAAAGCGGUUGAGGAAGUCAGCCCUCUGUCCUCUACUCCUUUCAGCAUCUGCCAGCUGAUGACUCCUGUCAUUGCCUCCAGACAAGCAACAGAAACAUCAGAAAUUCUUCAAUCUGCGCUUUCGCCUUCUGUGCACGACCUUCCGAUCAGACCGCACUCUGAGGCCAAACUGACACCAGAACUUGCAGUGAAGCGGGAUGGCUACAAAUCUCUGGCUUCUAGCAUCCUCUUUAACCUUAAAGACAACAGGAAGAGGGUUAAAAGUAGGUACAGUCCGCCUAAAUUCAAAACCAUAGAGACUUCUGGAAGAGACACCCAAUCUCUGUUAUCAGAUAGUCUCAAACAACAAAAUAAUUCUUCGGGCUUAAGCACUCCUGCUAUUUCAAAAGAAGGACAGACCAAAUGUAUUCCAGUUUUUGAGCCUGUCGCCAUCCAAACUCCUGCUCUUACAAAGCAUGCGGCUGAUAGACCACAAUCCGAUGAUUAUUUGUUAUCAAAUCUGCUACAAAAUAAAAAGGAGGCUUUUGGUAAUGUUGGUGGGGAGAAUUCAAAUUCUCCUAUCAUGCAUUCUAAAAGGAAUACUAGCCACAUUGCUAAAAAGCAAAACUACCCUUCCCUUAAUUUAUACAAGAAAGCAAGCCCUUCAGUUGCCACAGAUCAGUCAAAUGAAUUUUCACUUCUGAAUCCAAGCAAAGACAUUUCUCAAAAAGGUAUUUCACCAAAUACAUCAAUCAUCAACUGUAGUCCCUCACUCAUAUGUUCACCAGAGACACAAAGGGAAAUAUUUGAGAAAAGAGCACCACUAAAUGUAUCAGACAGACCAAAUGUGCUUAUUAAAUCUGUGACAGACUUUGAAGAAGAGCGCACAGGUUUUGGGCAACCCAUGAGCACCAUGGAUGUUGUCAAGGCUGCACGGGAAGCCAUUAGCGCGACCAAAACUAAAGCCCUACUCACAGUUCAGGCUGAAAGCAUCUGUAAACCUGAGGACAAUGAAACAAGUGAGACAAAUGUGUGCUCAAAAGUAGAAAACUAUUCAGUGGGAAGUGAAGGUGAACGUAAUAUUAUUGUCAGGAAAGAUCCCCCACCAGUUCCCAAGAAAAAAGUUACCCAACCAGACAUUCGUAAGAAAACACACUUCGGUGACAAACCUUCUAACAGUGAUUUGUCUGAAACAAAACACGAUGAAUCUGCCCAACAAGACAAGUUGAAACACAUAUUCCCAGGCAGGCUGAACAACUACAUAAAAUGUCAAAGAUACUCUGUAACGGAUGAGGAAGUCAGAGAAAAUGACCGUGGCGCGAAUGUGAGGACAGAAAUGGACGGCGUAAGAGACAAGGAACUAAUCAUUCACGACUUGCAUGCACUGAAAGAGUUAGAGAGGGCGCGGCUCUGCGAUCGGGACAACACAAAGGGAGUUCCCAACAACAUAGAUGAGGAAACUAGAGCUAAGAAUGAUUUAAUCUCCAGGGAGUUGAAGAAAAUUAAGAAGGGAAUGCUCUCAAUGAGAGGGAACACAUCUGCUAAGAGGGAAAUAUUUGCGAAUAGAGAGAAGCAGGCCAAUGAGCAGGAGGCUCUGGCGAAGUUAGGUGGCAAUGUGAUGAUAAACAAAGCCCUAAUAAACAAUAAUUAUGACAAAGCUAAAAUGGCUCUUGAAGAGAUAAUCUCGGAUCGACAGAUGAGAAGGAAUGUUACUAAUGGAAGUUAUGGAUCAAGGGUAGAGCAAAGUAAAGACACGUUGAAAGAAUCUGUUACAGAAACCAAGGAUGACAAAAAAGAGGAAGAACUAAGAGAAAGGUUGGGUGAACUGAGAGACCAUAAGAACAUGAGACACAUCCUGUCCCAGACUGAACCAAGACUUGGUGAGAAUCACAGAUCAGGUGGCAGAGUGGCUUUACCCUGCAUGGAGCUAAAUUCAUCCUUUAAAUUAGAAUGUAAGCAUGCCCAUGAUAGACUAAAUGAUAAUUCUGAGAAGUCAGAGGAUAUAAACAUAAGAAACUUGUCAGGAGAAACCAUUGCUAUUCAAGAAAAAAAAGGCUUAGAAACGCCCUCUGUACCUCCUCGGAGCAAAAAAGGAGGUAACAAAAGAAUUGGGGACGCAAUGAAUGACAUUUUAGAUGACGAUCUCCAAAAAACAAAACCACAUUGUAAUGUAAAAAAUAGCACAAAAGACAGUGAUUCGAUUAUUCCAUCUGAUGCAGUUACUAUCAAGCAUCAAUCCAAUGAAAAACGCUAUUCUUUGUUAUCGGACAUAAAAAUAGAUAUGGAGACAGAUAUCCCAAGGGAAGACUCAAGCGGCACUGUUGAGACCUCUUUAAAACCUGACAAUAUAACCUCAACCAGUAACAGAUAUUUUUUGACUGGUGCAGUAGCUCCCAAGCAUCAACCCAAUGAAAGACGCAGUUCUUUGUUAUCGGAAAUAACAAUAGAUACGGAGACAGGUACAACAAGAGAAACCUCAGGCACCACUGUUGAAUUUUCUUUAAAACUUGACAAUAUGACCUCACCCACUGAUGUCUUUGAGAAAAAUGACAAAAUGGAUGCAGAGGCUAACUCCAAGACUAUAAUAUCCCCUGAACUGCUUGUGAACGGCGUAAAUGUUGAUGAUCGAACCAGCAUGUCGUCCAAAUCUUCCUACUUCUCUGUGGAAAGUCCACCGCACAGAGUUGCUGUGCCAAACCUUUACCACUCUGUGGAGAACUUGAACAAACUAGGGGUUGAGGACAAAGGGGCAAAUGGACACAUUAAAAAGGAUGCUGACAGACCAGAAAGAGAGUAUUACUCCUUUAGUGAUGUCGAAGGUGAACAAGACAUAGAGAUCCAGAAUGGAAGCAACUUAAGUUCCGCUGAUGGUCCUGUCUUAUCUCAGAAUGAUGAUUUUUCACCACCAGUGUCACCAUGUGAUACUCUCUCUCCAACUUUGGGAAUCCCCGCGCUGUUUAAAAUCAAAGACAACACUUUUAGCAAAAAGUCAAAGAAGUCCGUACAACCCUGGACUCCGAGGGCCAUUUUGAAUAAAGACAAGGAAGAGGAGGACUUGCAUCUAUUGGAUGAAAACCCAGAACUCCCAUCUGCCAAUGAAGCAGCUACUAGCAGAUCAACUGUAGAAGUUGUUCAACCUAAAGAGACAUUGUUGAAUGUUUCACCGCCUUCUGUUCUGCAAAAAGCAAAAGCUCUUGAUGCAGGACUACCAGCUGCUCCAAAGGAGAAAGUGGUCAGUCCCAUUUCGGAUGUUGUGGGAAGUCUAACAACGCCACCGGUGGAAUUAUCAAAAGUUCCUAGUGAACGCCCUGGCUCUACCUGCAGUGGAUACGACAGUCAGUCUGGGUUGCCCAAACCCCCGACUGUCCUACCCAAAUCUGAACGGGCUGUCCUCAAAGCCAUGAAGCUGACCAACCGACGGAUGAAGAAGGAGGAGGGCCACAAGUCAACUGGUAAACACAAAACGGAGAGACGUAAGAGUGACAAAGCUGAGGUGAAGAGCAGUGAGAAACAACAUCACAAAGAAAGUGAUAGAAAGGUUGUGGAUGGUGACGAACAUGCACACAAAAGAACAGCCAAGACGAGAAGUUACGAUUUGGUGGAAAGCAAACACCUCGACAACAAGACUCUUCUUGCAUCGGAACAACGAGGCCGUAGCACGGCAAUUCUGUCUAAAUCAGGACAAAGGCACCAGAGCGGCAUCAGUAAUGUUCCUGUGUACAAAACCCAUGUUGCAGAGAAACCUGCACGGAGCGCUCGCACGCAAAGCAUCGACAGAUACAGAGUGGACCGGAGGCGGAGUGCCGACACGUCGGUCAGCGAGAGGUUUGACCCGAGAAGUGCACGCAUUGAAAGAUCCAUCAUGGAUGAGUUUCAGCAGAGAGGCCGAGCAAGAGAGAAGACAAACAGAGAGAAACCGUUAAGAAGAAGCCACAGCAUCGACGUGCCACCUCCACCACCGCCGACCUUCUCUCGCCAGUCAAGCCAAACCAGCCAACUAUCUCGCCAAUCCAGUGUCGAGCACGCCAUCGUCACACAGUCGUUCCCCAUGACUCAGCGGAAGGUUCUCCAGGACCCUGAUUCAGGACAGUAUUAUUUUGUGGACAUGCCCGUACAAGUCAAAACCAAAACCUUCUUUGAUCCAGAAACCGGUAGCUACGUUCAGCUGCCGGUCCAGCCACCAGAUGGUGCUGUUCUUCAAGCAUCACCGAUGGAAGUUCUGUCCCCGCCGCUUGUUGUGUACCACGGCUUUGUCCCCGUGCCUCUGUCCCCUAUGUCUCAGAACAUCCAAGGUCCUCACAUGGAGCAAGAAGAGCUGAUUCACUUGGACACUCCCAGACAAAUCCACUGCAAGGACAGACAUCCGUAUUUGGAGCCAGUCUAUGGGCAACAUGAACACAUGCUGGGCGAGUUCCUUGGAAGUGAGGAAGUGGACUGUACGAGUUGAUAGCGAUGAAGUUUGAAAGGUCACAAUUACUAUUAUUGUUUUUUUUUUUUACACUGUAUCACUAUAUUACUUACUCAAGCAGUCACGUUUUCUUUAUGGAUUACAAAAACAACAUUUCACUUGAAUCUACACAAUAUUACUCAAAUCCAAGAAAAACGGAUAGAUACCUCCCUAAUUGUGUGCUUUUAUGCCUAAUGACUUGAAUGUAUCCUGAAAAGAGAUGAACUUGAAAUGAAGGACUUUUUUAAAGAAAGGGAUUUGGAGAAUCCAUUACAGUAAAAAAAAAAAAAAAAAAAAAAGACGAUGUAAAUGUGGACUAUUUAUUAUAAAUGCUGUGAAUUUGUGCUGUUAAAUUACGGCAGCGACUGGUGGUAGUAUAAUUUACUCUUAUUUUUGCAGCAAUUUUUUCAAUCAUUUUAAGUUAGCUUCGGAGCUAUAAAGCAAAUUGCAUUAACCGAAUGUCAUCAUGUUGCAUGUUGUCAAAAGGUGUCAAAGACUGAUGAAUUAGCAUUUGUGCAAUUUAUUUUGUUUUUAAAGAAGCAUACUGGGCGUGACUUUUCAGAAAAAUGUUGCAUUUCUUUUUUUAAAUGUAUUAAACCAGAGCUGAAUUGUGAUCCAUUCCAAUAAAAGCAACAUCACAGCAGUA